UACAAGAGCAUUAACUUGAUUAUUCGUUUAUACAUUGUCACACAUUUGUUCCCAGGGCUUCUUUAGUACGCUUAUGAAUAACUGAUUUCUCUUUUACAGGGGCGAGUUGCAUCAUUUUGCUUCACUUUUUGCAAUACUAAGUUCGACCUGUUUUCACCAACAGAUGUAGCAGUGCAUUUCUAUGUGGAUCAGCAGAAAGAUAUCUUGCGGCAGAAAACUUGUCGAGGCAGGAGCCAGGAUCAGGGCAGGUAGGGGACCUGGACGUGCACCCUCACCCAUCAAGGAUGCACUAAACUGGGGAACAUCUGCUGGAGUGUCCCCCUUAACGCAGCUAUGGCCUCAGCGACAUCUAGCCAGGGACCUGCUUCUCUGGGCUCCCAGGUUCAUGCUGCAGCUGUCAACGGAGAUAAGAGCGCCCUUCUCAAACUCAUCACAGCAGAGCCUUCACUGCGGGACCGUGAAGACCAGUUUGGCCGGACCCCUUUGAUGUACUGUGUGCUGGCUGACCGCCUGGAUUGCGCAGAGAUUCUGCUGAAGGCCGGAGCCUCGGUCAACAAGACCGACCACAGCCAGCGCACAGCUCUGCACCUCGCUGCACAGAAGGGGAACGUGCGUUUCCUGAAGCUGCUGCUGUCCAGGCGUGCUAACUGGCUGCAGAAAGAUUUAGAAGAGAUGACCCCGCUCCACCUGGCCACCCGACACCCCUCUCCAAAAGCCCUCGCCCUGCUGCUCAAACACAUCGGACCCGGAGAGGUUGACACACAGGACAAGAACAAGCAAACUGCUCUUCACUGGUCAGCGUUUUAUAACCGACCAGAACAUGUGCGCCUUCUGAUCAAGCACGAUUCCAACAUCGGCAUCCCCGACAGCGAGGGCAAGAUCCCUCUGCACUGGGCCGCACACAGUCAGGAGCCCAGCGCCACACAGACUGUCCGCUGUAUACUGGAGGCAGCUCCCACAGAGUCCCUCUUGAACUGGCAGGACUAUGAGGGUCGGACACCCCUGCACUUCGCCGUUGCCGACGGUAACGAGGCAGUGGUGGAGGUGCUGACGUCUUACGAGGGCUGUAAUGUGACAGCUUAUGAUAACCUCUUCAGGACGCCGCUACACUGGGCUGCUCUGCUCGGCCACGCCAGAAUCGUCCACCUGCUGUUGGAGAGAAAUACGUCGGGCACAAUUCCCUCCGAUAGCCAAGGAGCGACACCUCUGCACUAUGGAGCUCAAAGCAACAAUGCUGAGACAGUGGGUGUGUUUCUGUCCCACCCGUCGGUGAAGGAUGAACCCGAUCUGGAGGGGAGGACGGCCUUCAUGUGGGCCGCUGGGAAGGGCAGUGAUGAUGUCAUCCGCACGAUGCUGGCCCUCACGCCUCACAUUGACAUCAACAUGGCGGACAAGUACGGAGGCACCGCACUGCAUGCGGCCUCCCUGUCAGGCCAUGUGAGCACAGUGAAGCUGCUGUUGGAGAGAGGAGCCAUGGUCGAUUCUCUGGAUGUGAUGAAACACACGCCACUGUUUCGCGCCUGUGAGAUGGGACACAGGGAUGUUAUACUCACACUCAUCAAAGGUUCUGCACGUGUGGACCUGGUAGACGUGGAUGGUCACACUGCUUUGCACUGGGCAGCUCUGGGAGGGAAUGCUGAAGUCUGCCAGAUACUAAUGGAGAAUGGGAUUAGUCCCAAUGUACAGGACCAGGCAGGACGCACUCCUCUGCAGUGUGCUGCUUAUGGAGGCUACAUCACCUGCAUGGCUGUGCUCAUGGAGAACAAUGCUGAUCCAAACAUACAGGACAAGGAGGGGCGGACUGCUCUCCACUGGUCAUGCAACAAUGGCUAUCUGGAUGCUGUGAAGCUGCUUCUCGGCUACAACGCCUUUCCUAACCACAUGGAGCACACUGAGGAGAGGUACACACCGCUUGACUAUGCUCUGCUAGGGGGGCACAGUGAGGUGACUCAGUUCAUGCUGGAACACGGCGCUCUGUCCAUAGCAGCCAUCCAGGACAUCGCCGCUGCCUCCAUCCAGGCUGUCUACAAGGGCUACACCGUCCGCAAGGCCUUCAGGGAGAGAAAGCAGCUCCUCAUGAGACACGAGCAACUGCGCAAGGAUGCAGCCAAGAAGCGAGAGGAAGAACAGCGGAGAAGAGAGGCCGUGCAGCGAGUCUCUGUGGCCACUGCAGAGAAACGAAAGGUCUCUGUGGCGAGAGCAGAGCAGGAGAAACUCUCCUUAGUGAACAUUAUAGAGGACUUAUCCAUGAAUGACUCAGUGGUGGAAACAAAGAAAUCAUCCAAACCUGAACGCACCAAGAGCAAAGAGGAGAGACACAAAGGCCACAAGAGCAGAUCCUCCAGAAGAAGUAAAGCAUCUGAACCACAUGAGGUUCCUGAUGCUCCAAACCGCCACUGUCAUGUGCCCUGUGACACUACACCCUGUGCUCCCCAGACCACCAGGCUGAAGGAACUACUCUCUCCCACCAGCUGCAACCAACCACCCACCCUCAAACCCAGACCCCCCUCCACACCCAAAGUCAGGGAACAACCUUCCACAAGCAUCUCCAGCAUGGACCAAACUGACACAAUUACCAGAGAAUGCAUCCCUCUAAAAAAGAGAGACGCUCACACGACUGUGCAGACUGCCCCCGGCAAGACUGAUGCCCUCACCUCUGCACAAAAGCACAGAAACCACAAGGAGCAGACUUCAGAAAAGGCCGCUACCAAAGAUCAAACUCACACUCCCUCAUUAAGAAGGAGUUCAUCCUCGGACCGCAGAAGCCCUUCACGAAAAACUCAGGCUGCCGCACACGCACCAAUCCCAAAGCGCACACACAGAGGACAGGACAAAGAGCAGCGCAGGAGAAGAAACGAGGCUGCACGGAUCAUCCAGAGAGCUUGGCGAAGGUUCCACGCACGCAGACGGAGAGAAGCCAAGGCCUGCGAAGAGGUGGAGUCAAGCGAUUUAAACCUCACCCCUAAUAGGAAGAAGAUGGAAAUACGAGCGCCCCCCGCCAAACCAGCAGCGAGUAAGAGCUCUGUGCUACAAAGCAUCUAUGGCAACUCUAUGGCCAGACGCGGGCGUUCACUCCGGGGCUCUCAGUCUCAGCUGCUCCUGGACAUGCCUUUACGCACCCAGAGCCAGUUGAGCGGUAUCGACUGCGUGCACCUGACUGAAGCCAUGAAUCAAGCCAAGCAGUACUCUUACCACCUGAGACCACAUAGCGCUGGACAGGGGACCAGAGGCCGAGGAAAACAUUGAAGCUACACAUACACACACAUACACCUUAUGUUCUUUGAUGUUUUCUCAGCUGGCUGGCAGCCUUACCUCUAUAGAAUUACUAUACACAUUGUUCGCUCAAUGUGCCAAGCUUUCUAAAAUUAAGCCAUAUGACAUCAGAGCCGUGACCUCACAGGGUGGGGUUAAGUCUACAGAGAUGGUGUGUGUAAAAGAUAACCUUUCAUCCAUUGUGGAAGGAACACAUACACACUCCAUCUCCCUCGUUCUCCGUAGCCUCUCGCACACACACUGAGAUAACCUUUCCUCCUGUUGUGGAGAAUGAGGCAGUCUAUCAACAGCCGGUCAUACCGAUAGCCCACCUGCAGCCACGGACACACACACACACACACACACACAUACAGUUACUCUCUACACAUCAGUUUGGUCUCUAAGUGCUUUCCCUCUCAAGAGAAAAAUGUAUUUCUAAACUAUGCUCUGUUUUUACUUUUAAUAUGCAUUUGCACAACAAUCAU